UGCAUGUGGUGUGGGGAAAAGGAUUGAACCACUCAAGAAAGGAACAGGGGGGAGUCUCAGUCAUCGAAACCAAAACAUUUGUUGCCUAUGCUUAUCAAGUAGAUUUGUUUGUGGAAUACUAGCCUUACGACGAGGCCACGAGUCAGACGAAGACAAAAAGCGGAUUGUGCCUUGUCACAAUGUAUUCUGGAAACUAACAACAGGCUAGGCUAUUUGUCGCAAGUUCGUAGACGUACAUGUAAAUGUUAACUCAGGCGAUCCGCGGAAGUCGUUUGAUUUCCCAGACCAAGUUCUAUACAUGGGGCACACGAAUGCGUAUGGAUUCAGGGUUCCUCCAGGCCAAUGUUGUCAUCCUGCACAAGAACCUGGCGGAUGACUUUGAGGCAUUCUGUCGUGCCAAUGGCAGCCCCCUGCCUCUGCUGUACCGGAGCCAGACAGGAGAAUGGGGAUGCCCUCCCCUGGCUGCCAAUGCAGACAUUAGGACAGACUGUCCCCAGUACUGUGUGUUUGAGAAUGGUGUGUUGACCAGCAAAGUGGCCAACCUGCUGCCUUACACCAGUCAGUUGCAGAACAUGGUGAGCUUCUACCUGGGCUGCAGCUUUAGCUUUGAGAGUGCCUUGGAGAAGGCCGGCGUGCCUGUACGCAACGUGGAACAAGGCAAAAAUGUCAGCAUGUUCAGGACUGCGCGGCCCUGUCAGAGAGUUGGUGGCUUUGAGUGCCCUCUUGUGGUCACAAUGAGACCUGUGCCUCAGGACAAGCUGGACAUUGUGGCCCAGUGUACCCACCUGAUCCCACAGGCUCAUGGAGGCCCGGUCCACAUUGGAGAUCCAGCGAUGCUGGGUAUCCAGGAUUUGACCCAACCAGAGUACGGAGACCCAGUGGAGUCCCGCUCAGGAGAUGUGCCAGUUUUCUGGGCCUGUGGCGUGACUGGCGUCGAGGCAGUUCAGAGCAGCAAGGCUUCCCUGGCCUUCACCCACUCCCCAGGCUGCAUGUUUGUGACCGAUAAAGAGGACAUGGCCACGUCCCCGCUCACAGUCAAACCAUCUGAAUGCCCGGAGACCUUCUGCAUUUCCCAGAAUCCCUUGCACUACAGCAUCGCCUCCAAGGCCACUGUGGAGAAAAUUCGACAGCUGGAGGAGAUUGCUGUGGAAGAUCCUGGCCAGCGGGGUAUAAGGGUGCUGUUUGUCCAGGACGAGCUGGUCAGGUCAUGCCUUUCCCUCUCCCACGCCUCGUCCGUGCUCAUCACCACCGGCUUCCCCACCCACUACAUGCACGACCCGCCCGAGGAGACAGACGGCCCGCCGGGCGCCAUUGCCAUGGCCGCCACGCUCCAGUCCCUGGGCAAGCAGGUGGCUGUGGUGACGGACCAGCGCGCCCUGGACAUGAACCGAAGGAUCGUUCAGGACGCCGUGGAGAGAGGUGUGAUAAAGACAGCUGUCCCCCUGCUCAGCUUCCAAAACACGGGGCCAGAUGCGGCCAUUCACUUCCUGUGUCAUGAUGGAGACCCUAAUAAACCCAGGUAUGACCACUUGGUGGCAAUAGAGCGCAGUGGCAGGGCAUCAGACGGAAACUACUACAACAUGAGGAUGGUGAACAUCAAGCACCUGGUGGAUCCUAUUGAUGACCUCUUCACUGCUGCCAGCUCCAUCCCUGGUAUUUCUACCACAGGCAUAGGCGAUGGAGGUAAUGAGUUGGGCAUGGGCAAAGUGAAGGAUCUGGUGAAAACUCACAUGCCCAAUGGGGGUGUCAUUGCCUGUGAUGUGCCUGCUGACUUUGCUGUAACCACAGGUGUAUCUAACUGGGGAGGCUAUGCAGUUGCCUGUGGUCUGUACCUUCUGAACUGCUGUCCUAUCCACCUGCGCUACCUGCAAUGUGGUCUGGGCCAGCCCCCUACAGCUCAAGACCAGGAGGCCUGGGCCAACAGCCUGCCCACGGUGGAGAAGGAGGAAGAGCUUCUGUCCAUCCUUGUGAAGUAUGGUGUGCGCAGUGGAAAGACGGGGAACCUGGCUCUGGAGGUGGAUGGCUUGACCUUUCACCCCACGCACUCUGACCUCAUUAGGCGCCUGAGAGAGGUCACUCUGCCUGCCCCGUCCUCCUCUUAGUGACGUCACUGUUCGUGUACAUCAACCAUUAGAGUGAACCAUUGGCCAUGCUAAAGUAUUUGGGAUCAGUUCCAUGCUUAAAGAUCAUGUAAGAGACAUUAGCAUCUUAAUAAUUUAAAUAACUCGCAGGUGUGGAUGUUCCUCUUUAAAAGCAUUGUAAUGCCAGACAUUGUUGAAAUUUCAGUUGUUGAUUAUAGAGCAGCACUUCUGUUUUCAUGACACAAAAAUAUUGCUUAUAUGUGUGUAUGAUUUUAAUUAGUAAAAAAAGUUUAAUCUACA